AUGCCACAUAUCAGUGCCCAUCUGAGCUGCCUUUCAGUGUCUCCCAUCAGUGCCAGUCAGUGCCACCUAUCAAUGCCAAUCAGUGCCACCUAUCAGUGCCAUGCCUGUCAGUGCCGCCUAUCAGUGCCUGUCAGUGCCGCCUAUCAGUGCCAGUCAGUGCCACCUAUUAGUGCCAGUCAGUGCCGCCUAUCAGUGCCAUAUAUCAGUGCCAUGUAUCAGUGAUGCCUGUCAAUGCCCAUCAGUGCCACCUACCAGUGCCUCCUCAUCAGUGCCACCUAUCAGUGUCCAUCAGUGCAGCCUCAUUAGUGCACAUCAAUGAAGGAGAAAAAUCACUUAUUUACAAAAUUUUAUAACAAAAAUUAAGAAAAAAAAUUUUUUUUUUUCAAAAUUUUCAGUGGUUUUUGGUUUGUAUA